AUGUACUCUGCUUUUGAUGAUAUGGAAGCAGCAAAAUGUGUGUUUGAUGAGUUUUCUUGGAAUUGUGUUGUUUCAUGGACAGUUUUGAUUUCUGGGUAUGCUAAAAUUUGGGAUGUUUACACAGCAAUAUUGGUUUUUGAUGAACCUCCAUUGAAGGAUAGAGGGAGUUGGGGUGCAAUGAUUUCAAGGUAUGUGCAGAAUAAUUGUUUCAAAGAACUAUUACAAUUGUUUAGGCUAAUGCAAUUGAGUGACAUUAAACCUGACGAAGCAAUAUUUGUUGGCAUAUUAUGUGCUUGUGCUCAUAUGGGCUCUCUUGAAAUUGGGAUAUGGAUUCAUAGUCAUAUUGAUCCGAGGCAUCGAUAUGGGCACAGCUUGCAUCUUUAUUAUGAAGAGUGGUGUAAGACUAAUGCUGGUCAGCCCUUCUUCUACUGGCUGGAUCUAGGAGAUGGCAAAGAAGUUGAUCUCGAAGAGUGCCCAAGAUCGAAGCUUCGUCAACAAUGCAUCAAGUAUCUUGGACCCAAAGAGAGAGAACAUUAUGAAUAUGUCGUUGUUCAUGGGAAAAUAUUGCACAAACAAACUGGAAUACCUCUUGAUACAAACAAUGGAUCGCUGGGGUUGAAAUGGAUAUUUGUGAUGAGCACCUCUAAGGGACUUUACAUUGGAGAGAAAAAGAAGGGAUAUUUCCAUCAUUCCAGUUUUCUUGCUGGAGGGACUACUUUAGCUGCUGGGAGGCUCAUUGUGGAAGACGGAGUGCUUAAGGUACUUUUUGUGUUGGUUGUGGUGUUUGACGACGCACUGUGCUGUGCUCGCUAUGGUGUUGGGAGUAGUUUUUUCUUCCUCCUUGCUUAG